AUGUCAAAUAAAAGACCAUCACCACUAGACCAACCUUCGCCAGCAUUUUCACCACCAUUCUCACCAAGUACACCAUUAGCAUCAUCAGCUUAUUCACCAAAAGCUUCUAAUUCUAACAUCGGUCGUCGCAGAAGUAAAACCAAUAAAAGAAGAAAGAGUAGUCAAAUUAAAGAUGAUCAACCAAACCAACCAUCAAACCUUAAUCUUAACCAGAACCAGAAUCAACAACAGCAACAACAACAACAACAACAACAGGAUGAUGAAGAUGAAGAAGGUGAAGGUGAUGAUGAUGAUUUACUUGGGAAAGAUCAUGAUGAUGAUUAUACGAUAAGAAAACGAGAAGAUUUAGCUCAUAAAGACAAACUAAGAGUCUUACUUGAUCAUUUCGAUCCACAACAAAUGGAUAGAUACACAGAGUAUAGAAACUCAGGAUUAGCAAAAGGAAGCGUUAGAAAAUUGGCAAAUAGUGUUUUACAACAAUCAGUUUCAGAAAGAAUCACAAUAGUAGUAAGAGGUUUCGCAAAAGUAUUUGUAGGAGAAAUGGUAGAAAAAGCUUUGGAAGUCCAAAAAAGACGUGGCGGAUCAGGUCCGAUCACUCCAUUUGAUUUAAGAGAAGCUUAUCGUGCUCAUUUAUCCGAAAGAGAUCGUGGUGGUAGUGAUAGAAGAAAAAUGUUUUGUCGUUGA